AGAUAGAUACUUUUUUGUUUGUUUUCCCAGAGGUAUUGAUGCUUCAGCUUCUCGGUGACUCUGUCUCCCUCCUCCCCGCUUGCUUACGCAGGAGUGUUUCUACGAGCAUCUCCGUUCAUCGCCGUCAUAGCGCUCUGACGCGAUGUUUAGGUGACAGCGCCGAGCUUUCGGUCCGUCAGCCUCCGCCCAUCGCGUGCUUCCACAGAAACACCGACCGUGGCUCUGAGAUGCGUAACCUGUUGACGCUCGUUCUCAUGCGCUGCGCGGUGCUGCGCUCCUGUAUCUGCCAAAAUGGACUACUGAAAAAUCGACCUCAACAUGCCUACCAUUCAUGGAAGUAAGGGAAAACUUGCACGUGUUUGUUUCAUGCUUCACCACGCAUCCCAGGACAUGACCCACUCCUGGCCUUACCAGCAGCCCCCAGGGGAAGGGGGCACUCAGCAUUUCCUGUACUCACACGCAAAGGAGGGAAAACAGCCCAAUUCACAUCACAGACAUGUGAGGGAUGGUGUCUCUAUGAGGAUGCCCUCACGUCCACUCGUGGCCCCUCAUAAAUCCAUGCUCGCUGAUGACCUGAAGCUUAGCAGUGACGAAGAUGACAAGGAUGAGGGAAGUGAGCGAACAACUUCCUGGGCUGAUAAUGACCGCUUGUCAGGCCAGCAGCAGCACCGCACACACACACAUGUCGGAAGAGUGAGACAUUCUAGCUCAGGGUCUUCGGGAUCAGACCCUUCCAGUGAGUGGGAAAGCAGCAGUCAGCGGUCACACAGCCCGAGCCCAGGGACACACAACCGGUGCGGGACACCGACCCAACAUCGGACCCUAAACUGCAGUACAGAGACGGAGAGCCCACCAUCCACACAGUGGCAGCUGGACAGGUGGCUUGAGAAAGUCCCUAAAAAUCAUCAUUCAUCUGACCACGACCCAGGUGGAGGACAGCGACGGAGUGCGAAAUCUGACUGUGGCCGAGGACCAUCACCUGGAAGAUACUGGAGCAGAGACUCUGAGUCCAGACGGGAUUACAGUCCAUGUGAAAGUCCGGUCCCAAGUCCAAAAUUUGACUACAGCCCCAGAAACAGUCCUCAUCCCAGCCCAGAAUACAGUCCAUGCCCCAGUCCAGGAAUUAGCCUUGUGCCGAGCCCAGUGCCAAGUGUAUGUCCAAGUCCAGGAGACAGCCUCCAAGGGAGUCGAAGUCCCAGCCCUUUACCUUUACACCCUCCCAGAAGCCCCAGUCCAAGUCUUUCAUCCACCGCAGUACCUAGCCAAGGUACAUAUCCUCAGGUACAGCCACCUCAAAAAGAAAGUCCAAGGCAUAUUGCAAGGCCAACCGUUACCUCUAAUCCAGCACAUCAUCCCAAAGUAAGGCCAUGGGUACCUCUGGACCAUAGCGCCAACCAGAGAAAGGAGUUUAGACCCAAAGACUCUAGAUCCAGAGACUCUCGAUCCAAAGACUCUAGACCUGGUCCUCCCCAACAACCCCAUCAUUCCGAACACAACUCAACAGAAAAGUCACACAAAGAUCUCACACACAAACCUGAAGCCAAAAACUCUGAAACCACAUGCAAGCAAAGGUUUAACUCACCUUCAAACCCCAUUUCAAAGCAUUUGUCAAAGCAAAGACCAAGCGUUAGCCCAAAACCACAAGCCAGGCACUCAUCUACAACUGACCAUAGUAUUGAACAUAAUCACAGAAGCAAUGAACCUACAGGGGUGUCAAUCCACAGUUCACACUCCAAAUCAGGCCAUUCAUCUCAUUUUAAUACUCUAAAGAGUUCCGAACGUGGUCCCUCGUCAAAAUCCAGGGACUCAUCCCGAAGCGAAGUCAACAGUCGAUCUAGUCACAGCUUGAAGACUAAAUCUUUCCCGGAUACAAAGCAGUCCAUCUCCAAACAGACUUCCCAACAGAGUUCAAGCCCAAAGCCCAAGGUCAAACUAGGGGAUGCCCCAGUGCCAAGAACCGGGCAUUCCCAAAAAGACCCAAAGCCCAGAGAGAGAGAGCGAGAGGUGGACAACCGAGGUAAGGCCCAGGGAGCAACCCUGGUGCAGACCAGCAAGGAGCAGAGACAAAGACUGGCGGAGGAGCAAGUAAUAAGGCGUCGCUGGGUUCGGAGUUCUGAGGAAGAGGAAGACGAGGAAGAUAGGAGAACCGAGGAAGGGGAAAGAGAGAGGAAGCGGAGGAGAAGGAGGGAGCAGGAAGUUGAAUGGAAGGCAGUGCAGCCCAAGCAAAGACCUCACACCAACAGCCAGCAUCACGCUCAAAAGGAAUACAAUGGACUUAACCUUGAGGAGCAGAGAAGGAAGAAGAGAAGGUGGAACAAUGAGGACAUUUCCUCAGGUCCUCAUGUGACAGACACUAGCCUUUCUCCUCCACUUUCUCCACCUUCCCCUACUCCUGUCAUCAAGCCCACUCGUCCAUCAUCUUCCUCGUCCUCAUCCUCCUCAUCAUCAUCGUCGUCCUCAUCAUCUUCCUCCGAGUCAGACUCUGAGUCCAGUCCACCCCGGAAUGUUGCCAAAUUCCCUGCAGAUUCAACAUCAAACCAAAAAACUGUGUCAAAAAGGAGCAAUGACAAACAGACUUCUGGCACUGGUGCUCACCCCCACGGGUCGAGCUUAAGCACCCCUGAGACAGAUAAACAAGGUCGGGGCAGACACAAACUCUACACACUGGUGCCUUUCGGCCGAUCUGAAAAGUCCCCCACGGUCGCACAUCGAGGCCUGAGAAAACUUGUUGUGAGGAUAGACCUCUCACUUCUGGGUAGAGUCCCUAGUGCAGAUGAGAUUACCGAGAGACAGUCCUCAUCUUCAGCUUUGUCACUGGGAAAGGCAAAAGAAAAGACAUCAAUGAAACACCUGCAUCACUUGGACCAACUGCCGGGAAAUGGCAGAAGUAAAAGAAAAGCUGAAAAUGGAGAUGCUCAAAGAGAGAAUAAGAGAAAUCAAUCACGUGCAGAUAAACUACCAGUGUCAGUCCAUAAUGAGACUGAGGAAACCUUCAACAAGCAAAAUGGAUGUCAGGACGAUUACUUUUUUUCCAAGAGGCCAGUAUCUCCAUUGUCUCCUCCAUCUGGCAUACUGGAGCUCGCAAAACCCUCAGUAAAAACUCAGCAUGCAGAGAAGUACCAUACACCUCCAGAAAAAGACAAAGAUUCAACAGCACAGAAAACACAGGACCAGAAGACGCAGCCCAAGGUAGAGGUGGAGUGUGUCAGGGUGUCAGGACACCUACAGUCUCACUCUGGAUCGCUGGUUCCUGCCUCAAACCUUCCGCUCCACUACAGAGGAACCGUACCUAUCAGUGAUGUCUCUCAUCAUGCUGAGUACUACUUGCAUGAGGCCAAGAGGUUGAAACAUCGAGCAGACGCAAUGGUGGAUAAGUUAGGAAAAGCUGUGAAUUAUGUGGAUGCUGCUUUGUCCUUCAUGGAGUGUGGUAAAGCCAUGGAAGAUGGACCGCUGGAGUCCAAGUCCCCCUACACCAUGUAUGCUGAAACUGUGGAGCUCAUAAGAUAUGCUAUGAGACUCAAGACUCACGCCGGACCUGGAGCCAUUCAGGAAGACAAACAGCUAGCUGUACUAUGUUUCCGCUGUCUUGCACUUCUUUAUUGGCAAAUGUUCCGACUUAAAAAGGACAACGCUCUAAAAUACUCCAAAGUCCUGCUGGACUACUUCAAAAGUUCUCCAAAAGGAUCUCACAAACCCCCUCCUUGGAACGAUGCUGGAAAAGGAACUGUACCUCCUGCCUCCAUAUGCUCUGUCAAUAUAAUGGGGUCUCACACAGGCAGCUCCCAAAGCAGUGUCAUCAGCAUUCCCCAUCGUAUCCAUCAGAUGGCAGCAAAUCACCUCAACAUCACCAACAGUGUCCUGUACAGUUAUGAGUACUGGGAGGUGGCUGAUAACCUGGCCAAAGAAAAUAAGGAAUUUUUCAACUAUCUGAACACACUGACUGGACCCUUGACUCUGCAUAGCAGCAUGGCCCAUAUCGUCCAGUACACCAGGCAAGGGCUUCAGUGGAUCCGGAUCAGUGCUAAUCUAUCAUAAUACCAUGUACAGACAUUCUCAAACUUAACAAAUCACUUGUUUUGCCAAAUUAGCAAAACAUUUUACAGUGACCUGCACUCUGUGACCAAGGAGGCUGGUUUUGGAUCAAGACUGUUUUUAAGCCCAGACAGUAAUGAAGAAAAUUGUCUGCCAGUUUCAUGACAAGUCAUGUGGCAUCAUUUCAUCAUUGGGAAUUAAGGAAUGGACAUACCUGUGUUACUUCAGCUUACUGAGCAUUAAAUGUCAAGAUAUCUGAGGACACCGUGUCAGAAAUAAUCAUGUUUUCUUUAAUGCAAUCAAGCAGGUCAAAUCAAAAGAACCUUGGUCAUUCAAUUCUUAGCACUUCUUAAAAAAUGCUUUCUGAAAGUUUUGAAAAGGAACCAUUGUUGGCUAAUUCAUCAUUCAUCAUGCUGCUUUUCCAAAAUGUGCCACAUUUUUAUAUAAGCAAUUAAUAUUUAAAAGGGUUUUAUUUUCUGUAUUUAAUUAAAUUGCCGUUACAAAUGUCUUUACUGGUUUAAAAUAAUUUUUGUAUGAAGGGUUGCAUCAUCUAACUUCAUUAAAACUGUUUGUUUGUUUUUUUACAAGAGCCUUUCCUAACUUCUUAUGUCAGAAUCCGUGCAUGAAAAAAAUCUCUUCAAGAUCUGUGAAUGUGAUUUUUUUUCUUUGUGCAAUAAGUCUGAGGUUUUUUACAUAAUGUGUCAUGUAGAUGUUUUGGUGCUGUUUUUCAAUAGCCAGCAUACAGCCAUGACUUCUAAUGGCAUUGUGUUAAGUUGUUGUAAAGUUUCAACUGACAGAAAGAAAAAAACAUAAUCAGGACUUUUGUAAAUUAAAUUGUUUUUACUGGA